AUGGGGUCGAGGAGGCAUACGAGAAAGGCGGCAAAAUUAUGGAGGAAAAGUUCGUCUACCCUGUCUGAAGUGCUGAUUCGCGAGGCGAAGAAGAAACGUGCCGCGAAAAAUUCUGGAAUUCAUAGGAAGUAUCGACUAUCCCCCGAAUUAGCCAAAUUAAUAGGUAGUAAUGAACCCGAAACACGGUACAAUGUGGUCAAGCUAAUCUGGAUACAAAUCAAGGAGAGGGAACUCCAAGAUCCUGAAAAUCCUGCAUAUAUUGAUUGUGAUGAAGAGUUUGAGAUGGUGACCGGAAUAGAUCAUCACACGUUCAGUCUUAUGACAACUAGUGUUAGAACAAAAUAUCGAGUACUGAGUAAAUAUCUACACUAUGCUGUCAAUGAAUACCUCUCACCGACCUAUAUGCAACCAAAUCCAUUAGUCUCCAUGGAUGGUCAUACUGUUCAAAGAAGCAUCAAAAACCGAUCUCGAAUCAAAAACUGA